AUGCAUCAGAUCCUAACCAAAGCUUGGAGACCCUCAGGAGUAUUUACGAUUACGGAUAUAGGAAGUGGUACUUACAAUGUCAAAUUUUCUCUCAUGUGUGAUUUGAUAGCAGUUUUACAAGGCACUCCUUGGUCUGUGAAAGAAGAUUUGAUUCUAAUCGAAAUAGGUAAUGAAGAAUCCUUGUUAGAAGAUUACGAUUUUAAAUACGUUAUUUUCUCUUUACACAUCUACGGGUUACCAUUAAGUAUGUUGAAUGCUGCGAAAGUGUUUAGUAUUGUCAGUAUCUUUGGUACUCCUGAACCUAUCGAUCCAUCCAUGGCUGCUAAAUGGGAUAAGUUUGCUAAGGUCAUAGUAAGACUAGAUAUAUCAAAGCUUCUUCCAAAGGAUAUGGAGAUUACUCUGAAAUCCAAGAAGAAGAUUAAAAUCUCCUUCAGAUAUGAGAAAGUGCCUAGAUUAUGCUUUCAUUGUGGUUAUUUCGGCCAUAUUGUGAAGCAAUGUCCUCAUCUAUCCAAAGAACUGGAAGAGGAUACAUCACUAAGCAUUGACGAUAUCAUACUAAGGAUGAAUGAUAGAUCAUAUGCGAGAUAUAAUGAAAAGAUUUGUGCCUUCUUCAAGACUAUUGAUGAUGGAAUGAAUCGAUGUAUUGAAAGGGUGAAGAAGAUGAAUGUGAACUCUCAAGAACCGUUGAUGAAGGAAAUUAAUCUGGGCGGUGCGCAAAAUGACACGCGGCUGCUUAAUCUGAAUCUGGGGGCGCUGAGGAUGAAUGGAUCCAAUGGUGAGAAAGAAGUUAGGUAUAGGCCAAAUGUUUCAACUCUGCAAAGGACAAGCGUGAUCCAAGGAAAGGACAAAUUUGCAGGAGGGAGUGUAACAAAUGGUGCAGCUGGCAGAAAGAAAACAGAAGAGGUUGGUGAGAAGAACAGAACGUUAGCAGAAUACGGAGCAGAGUUUGUCGGGGUUUAUAACGGAAAGAAGAGAGAUAUUAUAUGGUGA